AUGACAGACAAAUUGUUAACCACAAUCAGCUCGAAGCAUACGCCCUGGAAAUUCUAUUUACCUUGGAUAAAGCUGAAAAACGGUACGGAUGUGCUGAUGAUUUUGAGGGAGCUGGAAGUAGCCUUCCUUACGAAAAAUAUGGAGUUCGACUAUUUGAACCUUCGCGAAGCAGUGCUGCAGCGCUUAGUCCCGGUUAAAUUGACCGAUAUUCAACCAAUACUCAUUAGUAUGCGGAAUCAUUGUCAAGAUCCAUACGCAUCCAGCAAGAAUACUGAAGAUCCGUAUCCCAGGCCCAUACAACAAACUAUCAAGAAGUUUUGGAAGGGCAUAAAGACGGCAACGCCGUUUGUAACUUUUCCAAAACCUGGCAAUCAAAUCACCUAUGGUCCGGACAGCGACCGGGCGCCGAUAAAAUUGCUCGAUCGUGGUAGGUUUCGUGAACUAUGGAUUCUACCCUACACUGAUCCGCCACUGGUUAUGAAGAAACCGCUACGAACGGAUGAUUAUGCCAGCUAUUUGAUGCAGCUACGGACAUUGAAGGACUUGGCUCAUGAGAAUGUCGUCCGAUAUUAUGACAGACCUGUGGAUCCCCAGAUCGAUUCAGCUGAAUGGCUUAUAUUUAUGGAAUACUGCGAGCAUGGCUCACUACGGGAUGUCCUGCAAAACCAAGAAAUUGCCUAUUCAAUGGCUACAGUUGCCAAAUGGUCGACAGAAAUGUUUAGCGGGCUUAAACACAUUCAAAGCAAGAAAAUAAUUCAUCAUGAUAUCAAGCCGGAUAACCUAUUCGUCCAUGGACAUGGCUAUAUAUUGAAAUUGGGAAAUUUUGAGAGCACAUUCUCCGAGCUGACUGGAUGGGUUGUAUUGGAUAUGGUCAAUAGAAGCGAAUCCGGGUGCAAAGACAUUGACUUUAUAUUGAGAGAUGACCUGCCACAUUUGGAGACCAUUAAAAAACUUGUAAUAGGGAUGACGAAGAGACCAGGUGAAGUAUUUGAUGAAGAUCAUCCACAAAUUUCGAUGAAGAAGGUACUAACGACGAAGGACGCGACCCACGGAUGGAAAAAGCUUGGUCGAGAUGAGAUAGAUCUCAAGGUGGUGAAGCCAUUGAUCAACAGAUUUUGGAAAGAUAUCAUGCGGGUUGGAUUGGGUCAAACAGUUGGCCAACCAAACUCGGUAGUCGAAGUCCAUGCUGAUGCAAUGGAACACAAACCAAUCGGAGGAGCACUCAGGAAACGAUUCCGG